AUGAACGAUGUCUCGCGGCCUACUGCCGCCGCCGAAUCCAAUGGCGGUGGUGUAAGCAGUCCCCAGUCGCAGCGGCGGAGCCUUACGUCUGCUUGGGCCUCCGUCGUCCGCGGAGAUUCCGAGCAGAACUCGUCUCCAACCGCCGCCGGGGAUCCUGGGUCUUCUUCGUCUCCUACGCCGGCGGAGCAGUCUCCGGAGAACCCUGUGGUUGAGAGUUCGGGCUCGGAAGCCCAGCCCGAGACCCCUGAUGCUAACGGCGACAUCAAUGCUGGUCAACAGAGGAGGCCUGCUUGGAACAGGCCGGUUAACGGCGUCGUUGAGCCCGUUUCUGUUAUGGGUGGAGCUGUUUCCUGGCCGGCCCUUUCUGAAACAACCCGGCCCGUUCCUAGAUCAUCAUCUGAUAGCCCUAGGCCUAUUUCUGAUGGGUUAUCCUCUUCAACACAGGCUACUAUCAUAUCUCCACCUCCUCAUCAACCAGUCAAUAAUAAUGCUCAUGGUAAUUUUACUGCUAACCACCCACAGACCAGGCAGAGGGCGAGAAAUCGCAAUGGCGGCGGCGGUGGAGGGAACUCCUCUGUGAGUGGCCCACCUCAGCCUGCUUUCAAUCAGCCACCUUUACCUAUGCCACCACCUUUUCCUGUUUUCGAAGUANCUUAUGGGAUGGUUCCUGCUGUUAUGGAUGCUUCAGUUAGAGGCCCAAGAGCAGUUGGCGGUUCUCAGUCACAUGCAGGCAACAGCUACUCUAAUCAGAGGAAUAAUAACUCCAGAAGGGGGGGCAAUUAUGGGUCCCGCCCAAGGGGAGAUGGGCAAUACCACAAUAACCAUGGAGGCAGGCGGGAUCAGGACCGCCGAGAGGUUCAUCAUCCCCCCCAGUACGUACCACCUCCCAUGGGGUACAUGCCGUCUCCUCUGCCACCUGGUGCCGCCCCUUUUAUGGUGCCCCCACCCGUGAGAGUUUUUGCUGGACAGAUGGGAUUCGAUAUGGCGUCUCCUUUUAUUUAUGUCCCGACAAUGGGUCAGGAGUCUUUCAGAGCUAUGCCGCUUGUUCCUUCCCCUCCGCCUAUGCUUUUCUCGCCUACUAAUGAUACGUCUCUAGCAAACAUGAUUGUUAAGCAAAUAGACUUUUACUUCAGUGAUGAUAAUUUGGUCAAAGAUAAUUAUUUGAGGUCCAACAUGGAUGAUCAGGGUUGGGUGCCCAUUGCUUUGAUUGCCUCCUUCCGUCGAGUUCAGCAAAUGACGAAAGAUAUCCCAGUGAUUUUGGACUCCUUGAGAUAUUCUACGGUUGUGGAAGUACAGGGUGAGAAGGUGAGGAGACGUAAUGAGUGGAGUAAGUGGGUGAACACAUCCGGUAGGCGCAAUUCGGACUUCGGAACUAAUGCCUCAAGUUCGGCACCUGAGAGUGCACUGGUGUCCUCCUUACGGGCAACCACACUGGAUGAUGCUCCGGCUAAUGCAGAUGGCAGCACAGAUGCAGCAAGGGGAGGUCAACUGAAUGAGUUUACUGGCCAGACGGGGUUGGCCAAUGGGGAGAAAGAUGGUGGCGAAAGUCGUUCUGAUGCUGUAUGA